AAAUACUUUGAAGUAAGCAAGGAUAGAAUAUAUGAUUUUUGUAAAGUUGAAACCCUGAAUUUAAGUAAUAAAAAGGUUAAGUAUGGUCAUAAAUGUCUAUAUGAUGAUAGUAUUAGAAAUAUAAGUAGUUAUCUUCAAGACAAAUAUAGUCUAAAUGAGAAUAAAAAUAAA